AUGGAUGCUCGUUCCAUUGUAGCUUGUAACAAUAUUGAGACAGAAGAAAGUAACGGUGGAUAUCAACUGUCACAGGGGUCCGUUGUUUUGGACGGGUCCGAUAGUCCAUUUAUCCAACCUGGUAUGACGGGGCAAGAGUCGGCAAAUCUCCUUUCGGCGUCGGUUCUACACAAGCAGUCUCAACAUCACUCAAUGUUGUUAAAAUCAAACAUUUCGGAUCCAACAUCGAAAUUAAUCAAGUAUACGCCUGCAGCAUAUCGUCAUGACCCAACUCAUUCAACUGGGCCCCAUACUUUUCGAAACGAGGCCAAUCCAGAAUUGAACCUUUUACCCGUCCAUACAUAA